GGCGAACUCUCACUUAGUACCUUCUACUGUGAAGAGCUUCACCAGAAGGCAGAAAAUGACCUUGGUUUCUAUAGCUCUGGUGGACUUCAUGAGCUUCUGUUCAAUGUCCAUAAUGGCACCUUUUUUCCCUAAAGAAGCUUCAGAAAAAGGCCUCUCUGAUACGCUCUCUGGAGUAGUUUUUAGCUUUUACGCCUUAGUGAUGUUCAUUUCUUCGCCAUUUUUUGGGAAAAUUCUUCCUAAUUUUGGAGCCAAGUUUCUCUUUUUGUUUGGAAUCGUGGUUGCAGGCGUCUGUAACAUUUUAUUCGGGUUCUUGGAGUACAUUCAGAACAGUAUGUUAUUUACAAUUCUCUGCUUGAUAAUAAGAGGAUGUGAAGCUUUGGGAGCCAGUGCAUUUUCCACGGCUAGCUACGUCUUCGUUGUGAAUACUUUUCCCGAUAGUAUAGGAUCCGUUAUAGGAAUCCUGGAAACUUUCGUAGGCCUUGGAAUGAGCGCAGGUCCGGUCCUGGGAGGCAUGUUGUAUUCGUUAGGCGGCUUCAGCAUGCCCUUCAACGUAUUAGGAGUUGCUAUGUUGACUGUGGUACCUCUCAAUAUAUUCCUCUUACAUGAAGUUGAAGAAUGUGAUAAUAUGGAAAAUAAAAAUACAUCCAUAUUCAGACUUUUGAAAGUACCUGCCGUGGUCGUGACAGGAACCGUUGUAGUGAUAGUUUCCAGUACUUGGUCAUUCUUGGACCCCACUUUAGAGCCACAUUUGAGACGAUUCGAUCUCAGUCCAGAACAUAUGGGACUUGUAUUUCUAUUAUUUUCGGCGCUAUAUGGCAUAUCAAGUCCAGCUUGGGGUUGGCUGGCAGACAAAGUCAACAACCACUGGUCGAUGAUGAUUAUGGGACUAGUUAUGUGUACCAUAGGGUUAUUAUUACUAGGACCCUGUCCUAUCUUACCCUUUUACAAUGAAGGUGUAUGGCUGGAUUUGAUAGCUCUUUCGAUUCUUGGAAUCUCGGUGGCCUUGGCUCUCAUACCUACUUUCCAAGGAAUACUCACAAGUGCACUAAACGCUGGAUGUAGAGAUGCUUUAGCAACAUACAGUAUAGUGGCUGGUGUGUGGUCGUGCAUGUACUCUUUGGGAGAGGUUAUUGGACCAGCUCUAGGUGGGUUUUUGUUACAGUAUUAUGGCUUCCCGAUAGCCUCGACUGUAAUGGCACUCAUGACAUUGUCUUCGAAUAUGCCUGAACGUCUUCAGAACUGA